AUGCUCCCCUGGCUCAGCUCUCUACACGCCCAGUACGGCGAUGUUGUACGCAUUGGGGCCUCCAGACUUAGCAUCAUAAACGGCCAGGCUUGGAAGGACAUCUACGCCCACAAGACGGGAGGCAAGAAAAGCUUCCCCAAAGACCCGCGCAUGUACGGAAGCGAUCCCAAUGGCCACCGUAAUCUGAUUACGACAUUGCCCGAUUCCGAUCAUAGCCGCCUCCGAAGAGUCUUUUCGCCAGCGUUUUCGGAAAGAAGCCCCAAGGCUCAGGCACCUCUGAUUUUGUCAUACGUCAACCAGCUCAUGGGAAACAUCCGCCGUAGCAUACAGACAGACUCAGACGCCAAGUUCGAUAUGGUGAAGCUGUACAACCUGACGACGUUUGACAUCAUGGCUGAGCUGGCGUUUGGAGAAUCGCUUGGCCUUCUCGCCAAUUUGGAAUACUCAGAAUGGGUCGCAAACAUCUUCGACAACCUCAAGAACAAUGCCAUCGCUCAAGUCGGUCGCGAGUGGUCAUGGCUGGGCAACAUCGUCCAGUUAGUCACACCACCGAAACUCAAGAAGGCCGCCGACAUGCACUUCAGGCAUGCCAUUGAACGAGUCGAUCGCAGGCUCGAAAGGGACACCGACCAGGCCGAUAUCUGGAAGUUGGUUCUCAGUCAGCCCGAAGGCAAGCAGAUUGACAAGUUUGACAUGUACAACAACGCGUCUGUUUUCAUGGUCGCUGGAUCCGAGACCACAGCAACAAUUCUCAGUGGCGUUACAUACUUGCUCCUCCAGUACCCCGACAAGCUGGCUCGUCUUGUGAGCGAAAUUCGAGAAGUGGACUCUGAAGACGAUUUGGACAUUCAGAGACUUUCUGCGUUGCCGUACAUGACAGCUGUUCUCAAUGAGGCACUGCGGUGGUACCCCCCAGUUCCUGUUGGAGUUUGGAGAGAAGUUCCCGAGGGCGGCAGUGCUGUUGCGGGACACUGGAUCCCGGAGAAGACUCGCGUAUCAGUCCCGCAGUUCCCUGCAAACCAUUCGCCACGCAACUUCAAGGACCCUGAAGCAUUUAUUCCUGAGCGAUGGAUUCCCGGGCCAGAGUAUGAGCCAAACACGAAGGAAGUCGUGCAGCCUUUCUCUCUCGGCCCUCGAAACUGCAUUGGCAUUAAUCUCGCUUGGCACGAGAUGAGACUUAUUCUGGCUAAAACACUCUGGAACUUUGACCUUAGUCUUUGCCAAGAGAGCAAGAACUGGUCGGAUCAGAAGGCCUACAUUCUCUGGGAGAAACACCCGUUGAUGGUGACCAUUAAGUCCGACCGGCUUGCGCCGAGCGAACCCCAUCGAAAACGCUUCUUGAACAUCUCACAUCAAAUUUCCACCACGAAACCCGAAGCCAACGACAUUCUUAUGGCUAUUCAAGACAAUUCGGAAACAUCAAGUGUGCCGGCGACGAUCCAAGUCAGCGACCGAGCCGGUUGGCUGGAAGCCUUGGGGUCUCAACGGCCCGUUCUCGUCCACCUCAAUGCCGACACCACCUGGCUCAUUCAGCUACCGUAUCCCCCGUCGCUGGCCCCUCCUCCCGAUCGAAAGCAUUUCAAUGUUCUCAUUGACCCGUGGUUGCAAGGCCCGCAAUCCGAUGUCGCGUCAUGGUUCUCUACCCAGUGGCACGUUGUCGAACCCAGUCUGAAAACCAUGGACCAACUAAACUCGAUUCUUGCCGGCUUUGAAGACGGCUCCGACAGUCCAAAGGCCACUGAUAAACCAUAUAUCGACGUUGUAGCCAUUUCGCACGAAUUCACUGAUCAUUGCCACCAGGCGACUCUGGAGGAGCUUCCUAAGUCAACGCCAGUAUUUGCCACCGAUAAAGCUGCUGACCUUAUCCGGUCAUGGGGUCACUUUUCUUCUGUCACCACUACUCCUGGAUUCUCCUCCCAAACCAAGGAUUGGAAGUCUGAUUUGAGUAUUUCAGGCCUUCCACCAUGGGUCGGCAUCGGGCGGGUCAUCACCGAAGGAAACGCCCUGUAUUACCACUCGGCCAUUAUGAUCGCCUUUGACUCGGGAACACCGGAGACGAUAUUAUACUCUCCUCAUGGUAUACAAGCAGCAGACUUGGAAUGCAUUCGUAAAUCUGGGUUCUCGACACUGGCAUUACUUCAUGGCCUUGACGACGUUCGCAUCUGGAUGACAAAACAGCUAAACUUAGGAGCUUUGAAUGGCAUCCACGCUGUGGCCGAGACUGGAGCUCGGUACUGGGUUGCGACACACGACGAAGCAAAGAAGGGCGGAGGGCUCAUCGCACCACUGCUUAUGCGUACGCAAUAUACGCUUAAACAGGCUGUUGAGGCUGAAGAGGCAAGGAUGCAGGGUAGAGUUCCAGAAUACGAUUUCGUUGAGCUCGGUUCAGGGGAUGGACUGGUUCUGCAGUAG